CCGAUUCGGCCGCAUGUCAUUAUCAUAGCGAGUUUGUUGCACUACGGCCCUCGCUGUUUGUCUAUUGAAAAAUACGAAUUCAGCCACAAGAAAUAUCGCGUUGCCUACAAGAUUCAGAUGACUUCCUUCAUUCCCACCACUAUUCCGAGCGGUAUCUCUGUCAUAUCGCCGGCGAGAUGUCAGAGGUUUCAUUAGCGGUUUGGGAACUGACGAGUGUGCGUCAGAAGUGUGCGAAAGACGAAUAAUAGAACAAUAUGUUCCGUGUGAUGAGAAUUUCGAGGCGAGCUGACGUGAGCGUUUUUCAAUCCAACAACGUGCUCCGCCGAUUUUUCAGUGCUGAAAAUUUUAAAUCAAAGAAGUGCCUGGUGCCCUUUUCUGCGAACAAAUGCUACUGUUUAAAGUGCGCGUCUAGCCUUAGCUCGCCCGGACAUUUAUCAUUUAAAAUUCACAAACGUUCUUUAUUCGGAUCAAGGUCUUAUCAUUCUUUCAAUAAAAAUCUCAUACCGGAACACGAGUUUAACAAACGCGCUAAUGACACAAGGUUUCUGUGCACCUGCAACGGCUGUAUCCUCAACAAGCCAUUUUCUACGAGAUGUGAGGCAAGAAAAACCUGUCUCUACGAUCUACAUAUUGACCAUCAUGGAAAGCUGGUCGAUUUUGCAGGAUGGCUUCUUCCUCUUCAAUACGGAGAAGCAAUUGCAACGUCCCACCAGCACACGAGGAUGGCCGCGUCUCUCUUCGACGUUGGACACAUGUUGCAGACUGUUGUAUCAGGCAGACACGCUGGUGAAUUUUUGGAAUCGUUAACACCGAGUGAUCUUAAAAAUCUCCCCAUCGGUAAAGCGGCUUUGACUGUCUUCACGAACGACCAAGGAGGUAUACUUGACGAUCUCAUUAUAACGAAGGACGGCGAAGACAAAUUCUUCGUUGUUUCCAACGCGGGACGACGCGACGAAGAUAGCGAACUUCUUCUGAAACAACAGAAAAUAUUCACGUCUCACGACAAGAAAGUUUCUUUGGAAUUCCUCGAUCCCCUGGAGCAAGGACUUGUUGCACUUCAAGGGCCGAAGGCAAGCCAAGCCCUUCAGAGUUUCACGACGAUCAAUUUAAACGACCUGAAAUUCAUGCACAGCUUGAAAACGGAAUUUUUUGGAAACCAAAUCAGAAUAUCACGAUGCGGUUACACGGGGGAAGAUGGUUUCGAAAUAUCGUUACCACGAACGAUUGCCAGACAAUUUGUUGACUUGAUACUUAGCGCCGAGUAUGUCAAAUUGGCUGGUUUAGGAGUAAGGGAUAGUCUAAGAUUGGAAGCCGGCCUUUGCCUUUACGGAAUCGACAUAAACGAGACAACAACGCCGGUGGAAGCUGACUUAACGUGGUUGAUCGCGAAACGCCGAAGAGCGGAGAAGAACUUUCCGGGGGCAGAGAAGAUAUUGUUCCAAAUCUUAACAAAGCCAUUACGUAAGCGCGUCGGGCUCCUUUUAGGACAAGGACCCCCUGCGAGAGCAGGAGCCGUGCUACUAACACCGGAGGGUGAAUCCGUUGGAAAAGUGACUUCUGGAGGGCCGAGUCCUACCUUGGGUCGGCACAUCGCCAUGGGCUACUUACCUCUGAACUUAUGCCACCCAGGAUCCGGUGUCCUCGUAGAGAUUAGGGGAAAAACUUACAAAGCUACGGUCUCGAAGAUGCCCUUCGUUAAGACGAAUUAUUACACUGGCUAAGAGAGCGCUGGAAUUUGAAUUUCAUUGUUGGAGCAUGGUGUGAAAAUCAAAAAUUAAAAUAAAAUCAAGAGCAGUAUGUACCGACAUCCGAUAUUGUGGGAUGAGACACGAGUUGCGUAACGUUAGGUACAAUCAGCGUUCUUGGACCUAUAACCACAAUGCGUAUGAAUCGUGGUGUGCAUGCCGAGUGAAAGCUUAUAAAUAUGUUGCAUGAAAUAAUUUGUGAUGAAAUUUACUUGAAUUAUACAUCGUUUGCCACAA